AUGUGACCACAGACUAUAGAUCAAAUGUGGCUAAUUUGUGACAGGAAGGCAAUACAUAACUCCUUCUACAAGUCCUAGUAUGGAGCGACACCGGUGAUGAGGAGCAAACAUGACCAUAACCCCACUGAUGAACAAGAUUGGGGUGUCCACUAGGAAACAACCUGCGUCAGGUUGUCAUGGCACAUGGUGUGGUAUGGCAGAGGGAAGGUCAAGGGAUGGCAGCUUGGUUGGGAUGGGACAUUUGCACCCUUCACUGUGGUCUCAAACCAUGAAUAUUGUGGGCCAGUUGGCAGAGACGGUCUUUGUGACGGUCAAGGAGCUGUACCGCGGCCUCAACCCUGCCACUCUCACCGGCGGGAUCGAUGUCAUCGUGGUGCGGCAGCCAGAUGGCUCCUUCCAGUGUUCCCCCUUCCAUGUCCGCUUUGGGAAACUGGGCGUGCUGCGCUCCAAGGAGAAAGUUGUGGACAUUGAGAUCAACGGGGAAUCGGUGGACCUGCACAUGAAACUGGGGGACAACGGUGAAGCCUUUUUUGUCGAAGAAAAUGAAAGUAUGGUGUCCCAAAUCCCAGCCCAUCUGUGCACUUCCCCGAUUCCUCUCGCCACAUGGGAUGACACGGAGGACAACCCCGAUGGAACGUCCAUCGCCCGCAGAAGGAAACGCCGCCGUAAACGCGUGCGCUCGGAUAGUUACCGGCGUGAAGAGACCAGCUCGUCGUCGGAAGAGCGAGAAAAAGACAAAGAGUCGGAGAGCGAUCAGACUGCCGAGCAGGACAGUCCGGCCAAAGAUAAUCAUAUGACACCUUUGCAAGUCAGUCACUCCGUGUACUUCUCCAUGUCUGAGGAGCCAAACGAGGAGAAGCUGGCGGCCAGAGAUGCUCAUCCGCACUCAGACGGAGACCAAUCACCUGUAGAAAAUGUGUUUGACAGCCGGCCAUCCUCUCCUAAGAGUGACUCGGAGCUGGUGGUUAAAAGCCAAGACUCCCCUGGAUUGCCGAUGCAAUGGAGCUGGGGAGGCUUUCCCGUGCCACGACAGUCUGGGAGGUCAUCAGUGGAGCUUGAGCGCUCAAAGUCUUCCCAUUUCCGUACUAUCCAGAGAGAAGGCUCCUUUGACAUGGACGAUGAGUCCGUGUUCAGCUGUGACAAAGUGAGCCAGGUGACGGUUGUCCGACCACAACCCAGGACUCAGUCUCUCGACUUGAGCUUGCACUACCCCUCGCAUUUGAUGCCUCCUAGUUUUGCCACACCCCUUCACUUGACCAGUUUUACCCCGAGUGAACUUUCAAAGUCUUGCUCGUCGACAGAGAGAGGCGACACUGAGUCUCUUGCUCUAGAAGACGCUGCAGUCGUUACUGAGCAUGCUGGCGUCACGGGUAAAGCAGUUUGUCCUGAUGACGUAACGAACAACAGUCAGACAGUUAAAGGAAGUGAAAAGGCUGCAUUACAAACCGAUGAUGCAGACAAUAAUAGCACCGUUUGUACAGAAUCAGGUAAUCUGGGGCCCUUAAGUAAACAAGGCUCCAUUGGCAGCGUUCCACACAGUGGGAUUGAUCCCAGUGCAGAGGGGGGGGAGGAGGAGGAGGAGGAGGAGGAGGAGGACGGCAGACCUGGCGUGGCAAAAUCUGAAGCCAAAGACAACGGGACCAGCUGUAUGGCAGCUGAGGAGUUGGCAAACUGCUCAGAGACAUCCGCCAAACAAAAGCAACGAGGCAAAAAGAAGAACAGGCGUAAUCACCAUCUGGGACCAACAGAUAUUUACUUGGAUGACCUGACUUCACUGGAUCCCGGGGUUGCAGCGCUCUAUUUCCCUAAGAGUGAAGCCGAGGGUUCCUCCGCUCAUGUAGCAGAUCAAAGCUCCUGCUCAGGAAGCCAGUCACCACAAUCUGUGGGCGCGCUGGACAGUGGCACUGAAUACCAGUCCGAUUCUGCGUCCUACAGCACAGAGGUCAGCAUGUCCCUCUGUGGACAAGUGGGUGACACCAGCCAGAUAACGAAAGAGAAGUUUUCGGCGCAUUCUGUGUCAUACCAGGACUUUGCCAACAAUCCAGGAAUCAUAGAAGACCCCAGCCUUGUACUAUGUGUCAACUCCAACUAUUAUAAUUGGGCAGUGGCUGCUCCAAUGGUCUUGUCCAUGACAGCUUUCCAGAAGAAUCUACCUCAGAGUACAGUAGAGAAGCUGGUAAAAGACAAAAUGCCCAAAAAGUCAGGACGCUGGUGGUUCUCUUGGAGGAGGCGAGACUUGGACAAAAAUAAGCAACAGCACUUGAAGGAAAGCCAAGAGGAGAUGAUUGUUGGAGAUGUGACCACCGUCAAAGCCUCACUGGAUGACGUGGACAGUGAUGAGGUGGCGAGGCUUGGUCAAAAACCGUUCCUUACUUCCAGCUUGUCAACAGAUACCCUUCGCACCGCUCAGUGCAUCACCAACAUGUACCGCAAGUCCCUGCGUCUGACCUCGGAACAGAUUGAGAACUUGAAUCUGCGUGACGGAGCAAACAAAGUCAUUUUCAGCGUGACCACCCAGUACCAGGGCACCUGUCGCUGUGAGGCCUCCAUCUAUUUGUGGAACUGGGACGAUCGCAUCAUCAUAUCGGACAUAGACGGCACCAUCACAAAGUCUGAUGCUCUGGGUCACAUCCUGCCUCAGUUUGGCAAAGACUGGACACACAAAGGCAUUGCCAAACUCUACCACAAAAUUCACCAGAAUGGCUACAAGUUCCUGUAUUGUUCGGCCCGUGCUAUAGGCAUGGCCGCCAUCACCAAGGACUACCUGCAGUGGGUCAACGACCAAGGCACUGUUCUCCCUAAGGGCCCGGUGCUGCUGGCACCCAGCAGUCUGUUUUCAGCACUCCACAGGGAGGUGAUUGAGAAGAAGCCAGAGGUGUUUAAAAUUGCCUGUCUGGGUGACAUCAGGGACUUGUUCAACCCGAAGAGACAACCCUUCUACGCCGCCUUUGGCAACAGAACCAAUGAUGCGUACGCCUACACAAAGGUGGGUGUGCCUGACACCAGGAUUUUUACUGUCAAUCCCAAAGGAGAGAUGAUCCAGGAGAAGACCAAAACCAACAAGUCCUCGUAUUGUCACCUGAGUGAAUUGGUGGAGCAUUUCUUCCCCGCGCUUGACGGCAGCGGACCUUCUGCUUUCCUCUGUCCUGAGUUCAGCAGUUUCUCCUUCUGGAGGGAGCCUCUGACACACCUGGACCUUGACACACUUCUCUAGACUUCCCUUAUCUUACCUUACCUUUGUCGGCCUUAAUAUUUACAGCAGAACACAUUUUCCCAGCAUGCAGUGCUGCCUUUGUUUGACGCCUGUAGCAGCUGACACAGUAAGUAAUAUUCAUAUACAGUAUAUUACAUAUUCACUGCGAUUACAUACAUAUGACUCAGUAAUAUUUAUAUAUUUAUA